AUGGAUCAAGAUAUUCAGGUGUUCGACGGUUUGUCCUAUGUACCUCUGGAGAAUUCAUCGAAAUACUUUGACCAGCUAACGGAUAGUUGUGAAUACUAUGACAUUGGUGGAAGAACGUACACGAAAUUGAUGACGGGUUCAUCUAUGCAAAUAAGUAACAUCUUCGAAACUCACGGGAAAACAGUGAAUGGUGGCAUGGAGCAACAUAUGGGAACCGAUUCAGUUUACAUAUCACCUGUGAAUACUGUGCCACAACAAAACCUGGUCAUCCCGUAUCAACAAACCGAGGGGGAGAUCGGCGAUGAACAACCAUUGCAAAACACUUUCGUAGGAAAUGCCCAAUCAAAUACUAUGCUGUACGCGCAGUAUCUAUCGCCCGACGAUGUAUCACUACAAUAUAGUUGUCUGCAACCGGGUCUAUUAACGUCUAGCUCCGAAUCACAAUACCACUAUGGAGAGCUACUGUCAUCGAACAGUCCACACAAUUCGGGCUAUACAUCGAUGGGAAGUAUCCUGUCGCAUGAGAAUAAGCUAGAACCAAUAACUACGUAUCAACAGGCCGUGGCGAAUAUUGAUGCAGAACAACCGUCACAAAAUACAAUAGUUCAUGAUUAUAGUAUACAACAGACCAUGAAUACAGACAUGAACAACGCAUACGGUCAAAGUUUAUGGUAUACAGGACAGGGCCAACCAAUUUAUCUGGUGCCAUCAACAUCUAGCUCACCACAAUCCCACUAUGAAGAGCCGUUGUCGUCAAACAAUUCACCACAUUACGAUUAUCAGCAGCCAUCAACUUCACGGAUGAACGAGGUAUCUCCAGGUGAACACAGCAAUAAUAAUGUAGAAGCAAUGCAACCUACUUCAAUGAACCCCAUUCCGGCUUCCGAUUCAGCUCCAGAAUCAAAACAAUCCCCCAAAUCGACUUCAGUUCUCAGGGGGAAACCCCAAAGGUCGGUAAGGCGCAAUGUGGUCAAAUACAGCGAUUUCCAGUGCAACAUAUGCGGUGAAUACUGCAAAAGCAAGAGUGGGCUGACGCAACAUACAAAAAUCCAUGCAGGCUACGAACAUCGAUGUUCUCGAUGUGGCAAACACUUCGAAACACAAGAAAUACUUGACGAGCAUAUUGCAAAACAUGUUCAGACCGACAAGCCGUGGAAGUGCGUAAUAUGUCCAAGAGCGUACAUGAACAAGAGUGAUCUCAAACGCCACGUGCAAGACCACAAUCCGGCUAGCAAACCACACGGGUGCCCCAAAUGUGCGAAAAGAUUCAGUCGUGCCGACCAAAGGGAUCUACACUUGGCAUCACACGAACGCAAGGAGGCGAAACUCGGCCGAAAAUCAGGUUAA